AGAAGUUUGCUUUGCUCACUCACUAUUGUCACGUCACGUUGGGGUGGUGUCUUUGUUUACAUGUUAGUUGUAUUUUAAUUUAUUAUUGACUUAAUCCUCUCGUCAAGUUAUAGUUUUAUGUAAAACACUCUACUGCUAACAAAUUAUUGUUUUUAUUUUGAGACAAAGCUUUAACACUCACAUCACAAACCCAGAAUAAGCGAAUUAAAAAUGACAUCGGACUCAUUAACUGUUGAGAACAUUUGGCAUCCCUUGUGGGGAACAACGAUGGAAAAGCAGAAGUUAGACGUACUAAAGAAAGAAAGAAUACAAAUUAGAAGAGAAUUCACACACUCGUACAAUAAAUUGGAUAAGCAGCUUACGACAGAAGUGCCUCGAGAUGUCUCGGAAUUUUAUGAAAAGUUAUCAGAUAAAGCAGAUAGGCUAUUUGUUAUUGACGCUCAGGUACCAGCUGAUGGAUCUAUUCCCUCUUCUCGACCUGACAAAGUUCCUCGUAAAAUUCUCCAUUUCUCUGACGGGACUUUGGAAGAAUAUAGCACUGACGAAGAAGAUGGGGUCGAACCCAAAGUUGUACAGAAAACCACACAACAACUUACGAGUGUUGAUCCUAAAUCCUUGACAUGGGGUCCUUGGAUAUGGUAUCAGACUACUACUGCUGGGUCAAAGACACUGGAAGUCUGUGAUUAUCUGGGAGAAUCGUUGGCUUCAUUUUUUGGCAUUACAACCCCUAAGUACCAGUUUGAGAUAGACCACUUCAAUCAGCUGGUGGCUGAGGAGGAGGCGUUAAAGAAGGAACAAGACCUGGAGAUGGGAGGAUGGGUGACCAAGUCAGCUGAAGAGCAGUCAGCCACUGGGGUUGCACCAAGCGUUACUGAGCCUCCUUCCACACAGAGGACACUUUGAUGAUUCUCCAUGCCUUCUGUGUCUGAACGAUUAUUUUAUUCUACAAUUGAAUAUUUAAACAUUUUACUAACAAUAUAUUUAAAUUAUUAACUUGUAAAUAUUGUGUCUAAUUAUUUUUUGCCUUGUAAGAUAAAUAUGUAUGUAAAGGAAAGUGUUGAUUUGUAUUAAAAAAAUAUUAUUUAUUGGUCAUAUGCUGUACUGAGCUUGGGCCCCUACAUAGUCUAAUUUGGUUUGCCACAACUAUCAUGCAAGAGAUCAGGUUCAGAACAAACUAUUGUUGUUGAUAUAACAUAAAUAAUAAGCAACAAGACAUGGGUGUUGAACAUUCUGCACAAUGUGAUCUUUUACAAUUAUAGAUAUAAUUUAUAUUAGAAUAUACUUACAUAUUAUAAGGUAAGUGUACUAUUUCAUGGUCUUUCUGUUCUGUGUAUUCUCUGCUGUGAUAUUUAUAGUACAUGCAUAUUUUACCACAAUGUCAUUUUACUGUAAUAAAAAGUUUUACAUUUUGA